AUGCACAAAACCGAGAAAACGGAUAUGGGUACGCAGGCAGUUCCCCCAGAUGGAUACCCCGCCGAGAUCACUGGCUAUAUUGAUCCCUGGAUUGCGAGUCCUGGUAAUAGUGUGGAAGUCAAGAUUUCUUCGACGGAACGAAAGCUCAAGUAUCGUGUCGUUCGUCUAAUCCAUGGACCUCAAGGCUCGGACACGUCUGGAAUGAAGCAAGAGGCAGUGAACGCUAUUCCCUCUGGUACAUGCCGAGGCCGGUAUCAGAUCGCCCAUCCAGGCUCUUAUGCCAUCAUCAAUCAAAGAGACUAUAACAUCACACCCGACACGGGUCUUGAAUUUACCUUUUACUUUCAGCCACAUCUUGUCGAGGCAAAGCAUUAUCAAACUCUCAUUUCCACCCUCGAUGUCGAGGCAAAGACUGGCUAUGCUGUUGUGCUCACCGACCAAGGGCUCCUCGAGUUCUGGGUCGGUACUGGUGAUCUUGUGGAGGUCGUACCUACGCAUUUCAAGCCUGAGCUCCAACAAUGGGUUAAGGUAACCUUUACUAUACAGGGAUCGUUACUCAACUUCAGCAUUUUCCCGCAUCCGUUUUUCGCAAGCAUUCCUCAGUCGCCAGUCAUGGGUAGCAGCAGAAUUGGCCAAGAUAUUCAUCUUUCUACACCAAGUAGUCUUGUGUUCGCUGCAAGCUUUGCCCUAUCCCCUGACCAGGCAUCUCAUAUCCCAACAAACUUCUUCAACGGUCGGCUCGAUAGCCUAGUCAUGAAAUCAAGCUGCAAGGUUGCUGAAUGGGACUUUUCUCUUGAAAUGUCGACAGACAAAAUUAUUGACGUGUCUGGAAACGGUGCUCAUGGAAGAUUGGUGAAUUGCCCUACCAGAGCGGUUACAGGGCAUGAUUGGGAUGGGUUAGAGUCUGACUGGACAAAGGCAAAGUACGGAUAUGGGGCCAUUCAUUUUCACGAGGACGAUCUCGACGAUGCUUCUUGGGGGACAGACUUUGCUAUUCAGCUUCCUGACACCCUCCGAUCUGGUGUUUACGCAGUGGAGCUAGAGGCAGUCAACGGCGCUGCCAAGGAUUCAAUACCUUUCUUCAUCCGCCCUACUGCUGCAACGAGCCAGGCUCUAGGACCCGAAAUCGUUUACGUCCUCUCAACCUUCACAUAUCUUGCUUACGCAAAUGAACACGUCUAUGACAGAGGACAUAUCAAGGAUAGGGUGUCUACAAGAUACAAGGUAAUACCGGAUACGCACGCGGAGAAGACAGUAAGACGGAAUGACCUGGGACUUUCCACUUAUGAUAUACACAACGAUCGGUCUGGAGUAAUCUACUCCACAGCCAAAAGACCUAUUAUGAACAUGCGACCAGACUACAUAAGCUGGAACCUACACCGCCCUCGGGGUCUAAGUGCUGACUUGCUCAUGCUGGAGUUCCUGGAAAGGAGUGGCAAUCCAUAUGAUGUUGUCUGCGAUCACGACUUACAUACCCAUGGAUACUCCAGUAUCAGCCGCUAUGGUACAAUCAUCACCGGCUCCCAUCCAGAGUACCAUACCACAGAGAGCCUCAAAGCGUAUAUGGACUUCAUCAAAUCUGGUGGCAACGUCAUGUACCUAGGAGGCAACGGAUUCUACUGGUCUUGCGCGACGACCUCAGAGAACAUCCACAGAGUUGAGAUUCGAAGAGGCGGAGAAGGCGUAAGGCCAUUUACAUGCGCUGGAGGGGAUCGUGUGUUUAGCAGCAAUGGCCAGUCUGGACUCUUAUGGCGAUCUCGUGGUUUACCGUCCAAUGCGUUUCUCGGAGUUGGAAGUUGUGCCGCUGGCCCAGGCCCCGGCGUGCCAUACAAGCGAACAGAAGCCAGCAAAGAGAGUAAGUUCACAUGGAUGUUCGACGGUAUACAGCAAGACGAACUUUUAGGCGAAUAUGGCUUUGGGGGUGGUGCAAGCGGCGACGAGAUCGACAAAUGCGACUACGAAGUUGGGAGCCCUGCUGGCACGAUUAUUCUGGCUACCAGCACAGGACACUCUGAAGAGUUCGCAAUGUUUCCUGAAGAUGUGAUUAUUCCUUUCAAGAAUGUACUUGGCACACAGACUAGAGAGGUCAGGUCUGACAUGACAUACUAUGAAACGAGUGGUGGGGGAGCUGUGUUUAGCGUUGGGAGUAUGAAUUGGCUAUGCUCUCUCGGCUGGAACCGGUUUGACAAUAACGUUGCACUUAUUACGGGAAAUGUCCUGAGAGAAUUUGUUCGGAGACAAAGUUCAUACGGCGUCUGCCGCUCUAUGGUCAACGGUCUUAAUAUUCUGCCUGUUUAUGCCGGGUACUUCAAGCUCAACGAGACAACCAUGGGCGUGAGUACCGCAGCCAUCUUCAUUGGCGGCUGUUUAGCAACACCCUGCUCCGGCAUCUUCUGCGACCGCAUGGGUCGACGGCCUGCCAUAUUCUGGGGCUCUAUCAUUGCCAUAACAGGUAUGGCACUGCAGGGUGUCGCCCAGAAUCUCGCCAUGUUUGUCAUAGCGAGGAUAUUGAUCGGUUUCGGCGCUGCGAUUGCGAACAUUUCGAGUGGAACAUAUCUCUCUGAAACCUUUCCGAGUCUAUGGAGAUCGUGGGGAGUAAGCAUGUUGAAUAACUUUUAUUACAUUGGUGCGCUUAUCAUUGCCGUCGUGACUCUUGCUACAAGUUCUUGGGAUUCAACUUGGGCAUGGAGGACUCCGUCCAUCACUCAAACCGUUUUUUCGCUACUCUGCAUCCUCAUCCUCCCUUUCAUUCCUGAAUCACCUCGUUGGUUGAUACACCAUGACCAGAGUGAAGCAGCCCGACUAUCCGCGGCUCUUGUGGUCUCCAAUGGCGAUAUUGAGGAUCCAGUGGCCAACUCUUUGUAUGAAAAGAUUGUUCAGGGAUCUAAAUUGGUAGACUCCAAGAACCCCAACACAGCCUUCUGGUCUAUCAUGAAAGAUGCCGUAGCUAGGAGGCGGCUGUUGAUCGGCGCAUCAGUCGGAGUCUUCUCCUCCAUUUCUGGGAAUCUUAUUGCGACAUUCUACCUGGGAACCGCGCUCGAGACAGCGGGAGUCACGGAAACAAAGUCCCAACUCAAAGCAAACAUCGCACUCAACGCAUGGUGUUUCCCUUGCGCUAUUGUCGGAACGCAGGUCAUAUCUCAAUGGGGUCGAAAGUCAACUGCUGCCGUCACAGAGGCACUGCUCGUAAUCUGUCUUGUGUUGAUUGGUAUUCUCUCCAAGUUAUAUGCUGAUGACCCAGGGAAUGCCUCAACAGGUUUGGUUUAUGCCAAUGUGGCCAUCAUGUUUCUGUUCCAGGGAAUAUAUUCCAUCGCUUGGACACCUCUGUUUACAGUCUAUCCGCCUGAGAUCGCGAGCUUCUCAAUGCGUGCUCACACCGUUGGUCUAUCGCAACUUGCACUGAAUAUUCUAAGUGUUAUCUUUGUUCUUAUUAUGCCAACAGCUUUCAGGAACAUUGGGUGGAAAUUAUAUAUCAUCAACGCAUCGUGGGAUGUUCUCGUGGUUGUAUUUAUUCUGUACUUUUGGGUUGAGACGAAAGGGAAGACGCUGGAAGAGAUUAACAUACUCUUCGAGAAGAAGGCGAGUCGUGUGCCACCGCCUACAGAAACAAGACAAUUAGAUACGACUACGGCGAUGCCUACCGUUGCACAGCUAUCUCAUGCAUCUCAUGAGCGCAUGGCAUAG